AUCCCUCCCACUGGAACAGCCGGCUCCAGUUUCACCAGCGAGAGCGUGAGAACAGGUACUGCUCCCACGGCACUCCAGCCGCAGCCGCGGACGCCUGGCCCAGCACGGCCCGCCUCGCUGCCGGUCACCGAUGAGCAAGACUUCCCUGGUCAGGCCCUUGGCACAUGGGGCUGGCUUCAAAUAGACGUGCUGGGAGGGAAAGACGCGGGGCACGCUCUUAGGAAAACCACCAAGUCUGAGUUACACGGGAGUCGCACGGCAGUCCCAAGCUCGAGCACAGGGUCGUAAACAAGAACAUGAGUCUUCUCAAAGAGCGGAAGCCUAAAAAGCCGCACUACAUCCCCCGGCCUCCAGGGAAGCCCUUCAAGUACAAGUGCUUCCAGUGCCCCUUCACGUGCAACGAGAAGUCCCACCUCUUCAACCACAUGAAGUACGGGCUCUGCAAGAACUCCAUCACGUUGGUGUCAGAGCAAGAUCGCGCUCCCAAGUGCCCCAAGUCGAGCUCGUCGGACGCCGCCCCCACGACGGACGGCCUCCCCAGCGCUGACCCAAAGCUCCAACACCGUUUUGCCAAGGAAGCCGCCAAGGAGGGCCUGGAGCUGCCAGCGCGGGGCCCCCACAAGGGCCCAGGUCCAAGGCCAGCCCUCCACAAAGAGGCCGCACCCGUGAGUCCCGCUACAGACGCCACCCUCAGCACCCAGCCGGCCCUGGACGCGGCCCGGCCCUCUGCGUUUGUCCCGGUCAGAGAGCACAGACUUAAAGGGCCAGGAAGUGCUGAGUCACCAGAGAUGCCAGGCUUGAGCAGCCCCCCCACCAAAGCCACGGCUUUCCACGCCAAGUCGGCGUUCCACGCGCCCGGCUACCCCUGGAAAGCCGGCUCGCCCUUCCUCCCAGCCGAGUUUCCACACAAGGUUCCUCCUGCCAAGGGGUUCGGUGCCCUUUCUGCUUACGUGCACCCCGCAGUCUCUGAGUACCCGCCCCACUUCUACGCAGACCACGGGCUGGCCACCAUCUACUCCCCCUACCUGCUGGCUGGGAACGCCGCCGAGAGGGACCCCACCCUGCUGUCCGUCUAUGGAGCCCAAGACCAGAGGCACUUCCUGCCUCACCCUGGACCCAUCCCUAAGCACCUGAACGCACCGCCCUCCACAUACGACCACUACCGGCUCCUGCAGCACUACCACUCCAGCCUGCCCAUCCCCUAUGGGUUUUACAGGCCCGAGUCUGCCUUUGCCUCCUACAGCCUCCGGCUCCCACCGGCAGGCGUCACACGAGACCAGAGCAGUCACCAGCUCGAAGAAGCCGCCCUGGUCUUCCCGGCCUCAAGUCCUUCCAGGGUCAGCCCUUCCACUUCCCACAGGAAGCACGCAGAGCUCGAGAAAGGAAGUCCAACUCCUGAGGCCGACGGUCCUUCCAAGGAUGGGCAGAGGGACACCGACGGGGCCAAAAUGAGCCCCCGGGCAGGCAGCGCCGCCACAGGCUCCCCGGGAAGGCCAAGUCCCACCAACUUGAUGCAGACGAGCCACACGUGUGAGGGCCUGUGCGACCUCUCCAGCAAGCCGGCCUUCAGCGCCCCAGGCAGCCUCCACCAGCCCGAGGACAGCCCCACGGCCUCCCAGCUGGUCCAGACCGGUGUGGGAUGCCCACUUUCCCAGGGCCCUGUGCACAAUGCGGAAUCUCCUGAAAGCCUUGACGCCAGGAGCGGAGACCCCCCCGCCCAGAUGGGAAGCACCUCCCUCAUGAAGGAGCCAGCGACUUCAGGCCCGGCAGACGGCUCCAGGGGAGGCCCCCUCAACCUCUCCAAGAAGUCGGAGACCCCCGCAGCUGUUCACGGGCCUGGGAACCAGGCAGACGGCCUGGGCUUCCCGGAACCACAGGACCUGCCCCUCAACCUCUCGGUGAAGGACCCCUGCAAUGCUCGGACUCUGCGGCCUGCCCACACCAGCCCACCAGGCACGCAGCCUGCUGCUGCUCCAGGUGGCCCCGAUGCCGAGAGCCCGCCCUCGACACGCCCCAGCAGGAAGGCCAUGGACACAGGCGUGGUGGACAGCAGCGACGAGCAGAAGCAGACAGCGGCCGUGGCCCUGUGCCAGCUGGCAGCCUAUAGCCCAGGGAGCGUCCGAAUGGGCGAUGGCGAGCCCACAGCCGCACCCGCUCCCGGUCCCGCGGAAACCAAGGGAGUGCAGUGCGACUCCAGACCCAAAGGCUCAAAGAGGACGAGCCAAAGGGACACGGGGAGGUCGCAGUCGGGCGCUAAGAAGGCGAAGCUGAGCAGUCCCGCCAGGGUGUUCUCGCUGCGCAGGAGGGCCCGGGUGCCUUGAGGCCGGUCUGCGUGGUGCCCGGCCGGGCCACCCACGCUGCCUCCAGCAGGAGCGAAAGCACCCAAGCUGGCAGCUCCUUCACUCUCAUCUGGUCGGCCACAGCAAACGUGGUUUUCUUCUUCUCAAGACAGACAGACUGACAAACAAGAAACACACGAAGCAAAUAAAGAGCUGCGGCUCUGUCCCGAUGCCAGCGUUACGCGUAACCACGAAAGGUGCUUCUGCGUCUGUCUGCAGAACCCAACCGACCCUGACUCUCCGACUCGCGAGUCCAACUCCGGCUUGUGUGUGGUGAACGGUCAAAUGAAACGCACCAGCUGAAAGGUGACCUUCCAGGAGGUCUUUUACAAACGCCUUCCUUAUAAAUAUUUUAGCACUAGACAAAUUGUUUGAACUGUUUUCUAUUAAUCUAGCUGUAUGUUUUGAAAUAAAUAACAAUUACUAAAAAUGCCAGGAACCCACGGUGAGCACCAGCAGUAAAGCACUUACUGUAGACUGUUUAUACAGGUACUUACCCCCUCGGGGGCCUACUGCUGGAGCGGAGCCGCCCACUCCUACCGCUCAGUGUGGCAGGAUGCUCUGACUCAGCCUCACCUUCUGCUCCCUGAAUGAUGUCCAUGUUGCUCAUUUUCCAAUAAACUCCUGCAUGAA